UAAGUUAUACCAUAAAUAAAGUACUUUCGGAGAUUCUACACAGUUUCAAAUACAUUUUCUUUUAUACUUUCUUUAUAUCGUAAACUAGGAAAUGCUAAAUUAUGACGUAUAGAGAAUAUUGUGGAAGUGCAAAUUUUGGCGGGCUUGACAAACGUAGAGGUUAGAACAAUUUAUUUUAUGGAACGUCGGAAGGUAGGAAAUUUUUUGUGACAAUGUUGGCGCGCUGUUGCGCCCGCUCUGCAACCAGUUUCAAUGCACGAGAGGCUCAUUCAGGCUCAUUUCUGACGUGAUCGGUAGGAUCGGUAGGAGUGAGGUUGUAGCGAGAUUGCAGGCUAAAGACAGCAAGUGACGGCGUGGCGCGCCUUUACUGGAAGCGACAAUAAUCACGUAGAAUGGGAAGAUUACAAAGAAAUAGUGCUAUACUAGUGGUGAUAUCUUUCUUGAUUGAGACAAAUGGAUUCUAUGUGCCUGGAGUGGCUCCUGUGGAAUUCAAGAAGGGGCAGAAAAUUGAUGUCAAGGCAGUCAAAAUGACCAGCAUGCAUACACAAUUGCCGUAUGAAUAUUAUUCUCUUCCCUUUUGUUUACCCAAAAAUGGAACCAUUAUUUAUAAGUCUGAAAAUUUAGGAGAAGUACUGCGUGGCGACAGAAUAGUGAAUACUCCAUAUGAAGUCUUAAUGGGAGAGGACAUUAGCUGCAGAUUAUUAUGUCACGAAACAUCUAAGGAAUUUAUGAAUUGGGAUGAGGCAAAUUCUCAGCAUGUUAUUCAGAUGGUCCAGCACGAGUAUUUUGUGCAUUUGUUGAUAGACAAUCUGCCAGCAGCUACCAGGAAGAAACACAAAGAAACGAAUAAUGUGAUUGUUUAUCAAGGGUAUCGUCUGGGUGGAAUAAUGAAUGAUCAAGUGUACAUCAACAAUUACCUCAAACUGAAGUUGAGUUAUCAUAAGCAUGGCGAGAACGAAUUUCGAGUGGUCGGAUUUGAGGUGGAGGAUCGAUCUAUUGACACGUCACAGCUGAAAUUUGACGGGAAUACUUGCAUUUUGCCAAAUGAGGCAAGCCCACAAUUUGUCAAUUCCAAAGGCACGAAGCUACGUUUUCUAUACUCAGUGGAGUGGAGGCAAUCAGAUGUCAGCUGGGCCAGUAGAUGGGACAUGUAUCUUGGCAUGAACGACGUCGAGAUUCACUGGUUUGCCGUCAUUAACUCUCUCAUUGUCGUUUUCUUCUUAUCCGGAAUUAUAACUAUGAUUAUGGUGAGGACACUCAGACGGGACAUCGCCCGAUACAACGCAGGCGAAACCGAGAACUUAUCGCCCUUGGAAGAGGCCAUUGAGGAGACCGGUUGGAAGUUGGUGCAUGGCGAUGUGUUCCGACCACCGAACAACUCGCGCUUGUUCGCUGCCGUGAUCGGCAGUGGUAUCCAGAUUUUCUUCAUGGCUCUGAUUACAAUAUUCUUUGCGAUGCUGGGAAUGCUAUCGCCGGCGAGUCGUGGUGCUUUGGGCACUUGUGCGAUAUUUUUGUAUGUAUUUUCCGGCCUAAUUGCCGGUUAUUUUUCGGCACGACUGUACAAGACAAUGCGCGGUCGAGAAUGGAGGAGAGCCGCUUUAUUGACGGCGACGUUCUAUCCCGGCAUAGUCUUCACGACGUGCUUCUUCCUGAACUUCUUCAUCUGGGGCAAGCACAGCUCCGGUGCUGUUCCUUUCACCACCAUGGUGGCCCUGCUGUGUCUCUGGUUCGGCAUCUCGCUACCACUGGUUUAUCUCGGUUACUUCUUUGGCUACCGUAAGCAGCCCUUCAUGCAUCCAGUUCGAACGAAUCAAAUCCCCAGACAAGUUCCUGACCAACUGUGGUACAUGAAUCCGAUAUUGUGUACUCUGAUGUCUGGAAUCCUGCCGUUUGGUGCGGUAUUUAUCGAACUAUUCUUUAUCCUGACCGCAAUGUGGGAGAAUCAGUUCUACUAUCUCUUCGGUUUUCUAUUUCUUGUGUUUUGCAUUCUUGUAAUAUCAUGCUCGCAAUUGUCGAUAGUCAUGGUCUACUUCCAGUUAUGUGGUGAAGAUUACAGGUGGUGGUGGCGCAGCUUUAUCGUAAACGGCGGAUCAGCAGUUUAUGUACUGGCGUAUUCCAUCUUUUACUUCGUCACCAAGCUGGAGAUUACUGAGCUAGUGCCGACACUCAUGUACUUCGGUUAUACGUUGCUCAUGGUGCUCACGUUUUGGCUAUUGACUGGCACGAUCGGUUUCUUCGCCGCGUAUGCCUUCAUCAGGAAGAUAUACGCGGCUGUCAAAAUAGACUAGUCGAAAUUAUCAUUAGUUUAGUAAUAUAUGAGCGAAUAAAUUUAGAUUUUUUUAAUUUAAUGAGAGCAAGCGAGCGGAUGAAAGAGUCAGAGAAAGAGGAGAGGGCUUAAAUUUUCAUAUAGAAGCAAUGAGUGAAUUGGGAGCUGAUGCAUCUUUAUCUUCCACGAAAUUUUGACAUUGCAAACGAUUGCACCGAGUUUUGUGACUGAUGUGUAUGAAUAUAUCGAUAUGUUGAUAAUAAGAUUUCUAAAUGUUUAUCGUUG